AUGAAGGAGAAGAAGCUGAAGAAAGCGAAGAAAACAAAAGUGGGAGUGAAAGAUGAAUCCACCGAAGCUGCUCCCAAAUACACACCCGGAGCUUUGAGUGCACUUUUUGGACUUGGACCGAGUAGUGUUGAGGCAGCAGUUCCCGAUGAAGAACAACCUUGGAAUUCGACUCCCACCGGGAUACUGACGUCGAGAAAGAAGCUACAAGAAGCAGUAAAAGCUGAAGUUAAAGAAGAAGAAGAAAAGCAAGAUGAAGCAAUGGAUGAAGAAACAAAAGGAGAUGAAGAAAAGCUAUCGGCUAAAGAAUCGAGAAAAACUCAAAGGGACAAUCGAAAGAAAAAGACGAUGACAGAAGAUGACAAGGAACGAACAAUUUUUGUUGGAAACGUCGAAAAGACUGUAACGGAGAAAACGAUAAAGCAACAUUUUGCAAAGUAUGGUCCGAUUGAAUCAGUUCGUUUAAGAGGAGUAAUACCAGCAAAGGGAAAUUUGUCCAAAAAGACGGCCAAGCUUGCAAAUAAAAUGUCUGAUCAUCAAAAGACGGUGAAUUUCUACGUGAAGUUUACGGAGACAAAGUCAGUUGAUGACGCGUUGGAAGAAAAUGGUACUGAACAGUGGGGGCAUCGUCUACGUGUCGAUCGUUGCACGAAGAAAGGAGAUCUUGAGUCAAAACAAUCGAUCUUUAUUGGAAAUUUGCCUUUUGACACAACAGAAGAUGCUUUGGCUACUCGCAUGGAAACGAUGAUCGGACCGGUUGAAGCCGUCCGCAUUGUGAGAGAUCCGAAUACUGGACAAGGCAAAGGAUUUGCAUUUGUGGCUUUUAAGGAGUUGGCAUCAGUUGCUUUGGCGUUAUCGAUGCCGUCGAUCAAAUUCAGGAAACGAGAAUUACGAGUGACGAAGGUGCAAAAAAAGAAGAACCUGCGAAAGAUGGAACAAAAAAAGAAGACUCACGGCCUUUCCAGAAGCUUCAAAAAGCCACUACCCAAUCCAAGCAAGAAGUUCCAAGGAAACAGAAAAGGCGGAAACCCAAAAACCAUCAUGAAU